GCCGCUUGCCAGUUCGCGUUCAACACUCACACGGUGGAGACGGUGAAUCGUUGUUGGUUGUUGCUACACCACACUACAGUGUAACUGUUCGGCAAAAGGAAAAACAAGUUAGGUCGGUUAAAAUGUACGUUGAAUCUGUGGUGGAAAUCUUCCGGUGGAAAACUUCGUUUUCGCAAAGCAUAAAAAUUGAUCAGCGUGAUCAGAUCGGAGUGAGAAGAAACAUCGCGGCUGAUUGACAUCUGAAAAGAAGAGAAAACAAGCGUAGAAAUUGAUGUUUGACUUUGGGUAAACAUCUAAAUUGCGAAGAGUGAAGACAAGAAGUUGCGAGACGCCUGCUGGAAAUACAGUUUUGGAAGCUUGACCAACAACUACCUCUUCGAAGUUCAUGGACAUUUUUGCAAAGGUGCUAAGCCGCAUCAGCGUAAGAAGCCGUACCGGUGCGCAAUAAUGCAAACAUUUCAAGCUUGUAAGCAAUCGAAAUAAAAAAAAUCGUUCCAAUAUUAGCUUCAAAACCUGUCCUCCGAAGGAGAUUCGAUUUCCAAAUCAAAACAAACUCAGAGACUCGAUUGCUCUCGAGCAAACAAGCGACGUACCCGUCAAACUAGGAAGCUGCCCGUCACACGAUGCCCGCCUAUGCCGGAUUCGACAGCUUUGCGUCCUCGCGCAGGACCGCCGAAUCGAUUUACUACACGGCGAAGGAAUUCGACUCGGCGGACGAAUCGGACUGCCUGCGGCCACACCCGAUGCCGAUAUCGCGUCGGCCGAGCCUGAUGGAAUCGCUGGGACCGGCCGAUGCCAUCUUCAGCCGGCGGUACGUCGAUCCGUGGGACAUGGAAAAUUAUAUCUACGUGAGAAAGCAAGUGCUGGACCCCACCUCGGAGUCCGAGGUGCCUCCAUCGCCGGCCGGUGAGCCCAUCCAGUCCAAGUUCUACUACGUCCCGGGGGAUGUAGAAAGUUGCCGCGAGUGCAGCGCAGAAAUUGUGAGCCCCGCUGCCAAGGGGGAUCUCCUGGGUGACGAGGACGAUCUCGAGGACGACGGAAUCGAUGACGACGACCUGGAAGUGGACGAACUGGACGUAGUCGAUGACGAUGGGUUCUACACCGAACGGUACGACACGGUCAUGGAGGAGGACAGCAUCGGGGGAGACGAUGAACAUGUCUACAGCACGUAUACGGACCUUGAAACAUCAUCAACUGAACAUCACAGCUCGUGCGACAGUUCCAUGUCCGCUCUGCGGCUGCACACCCCAGGCUUCGGCAAGAGUGCCACCAGUCGGCGCCCGAUCGUUCUACCAAAGCCCCUACCCCAACUGGAAUUUCCCGGUCCCCCAUCCUACGAUUACUACGAACCGAGCUGUUGCUACCUGGCUCUUCCACCUCCUCCUAUCCCGCCCCACCAUAGUCAUCCCGCUAUCCCGCUCAUAGAACAACCAAGUCUGGCCCCCGGAAGCGGAAACUACUACUCGCUGAACGAUUGCCUGGAAUGCGUCCGCCAAGAGGUCGAACAUGUGCCACUUUACGCCGCCAGCCGCCACAGCCCGAUGCGUAGACGUUCCCGCAGCGCAAGUGUAAUCAGUGUCAGCAUGGUCAGACGACCCAGCCAGAUUGGAAUUCCGGCCGCUGUGGUGGACCCCUCGACUGCCGUAUCCAUUGCAGCCACCAACGCUAACGUAUGUUACACACCGCAACAUUUCAGCCUUAGCAAGAAGGGCCUGCUACAAAUCGACUACUCCUGCAAUUGGGACAACCUGGACCGGUACAUUGCGAAAUGAACGCGGCAUGCCAGCGCUUUCCCUCUCUAUUGCUUCAUCAUCAGCACACAUACGUCUUCUAUAGUGCACUCCCCGUCGAAAGAAAUGCUCAAUUUAUUUACUAGCCAAAUAAAUACUGAGAUAGUCAUGCUUUACCCCAAUUAAACUCCCUCUCCCUUCUUCCUUCCCCCUUUAUGUUUUGUAGGAUUAAGAAGAAUGUAUUUACAGGGUGUCCGCAAAUUAUCCGAACAGCAAAAUAUUGGAAUGAUGAUCUCGCAUUGAAAACAAUGAAAAAUCAAUGUUCAUGUACCUUUUAUAAUACAUAUACGUGUUAACCCAAAACACAACUUCAAAACAUUUCGAAAUGAUUGCUUGUUUCUGAGAUAGGCAAAUUUACAUUUUUCGAAGACGUUUUUCCUGAGGGCCGCCAGUCAUACUGGAGAUGUGUUAUCUUUAAAACCUAAAAGAGAUGAAUCUAAAUGUUCUAUUAUUAUUUGAAGCAAUCUACAGGUUAGUGGCUUCAAGUUAGACUGGAAAUAGAAAAUUAUACGGUUCAAAUCCAGUGAUUUCUAUGGACAUUUCUCUUCCGUCAUAAAGCUCGAAAAACAGCUCCCUUUAAGACACCUCAAUACAUUUGGGUUGGUUUUGCAAUUAUUUGAAAUCGGAAAUGUGUCAAACUUACUUUUUAAGAAUAUAAUAAGCCAAUGUUUAAAACCAUGCAAGAAUAUUGAAUUUAUUAUGCUUGAUUGUAUAGAGCCAUGUCUACAAAGUUUGUACGGAUAAUUUGCGGACACCCUGUAUAGAACAAGUUAUAUUGUGCGGAUAGUUUUUGUUACAAGAAGGUACUAUGUGUAAAUAUGCGAUCGGUAACCCAUAAGGUUAGGAAAUGCAAUAUGAGUUGUUCAUUGGAAGAAUAUUUAAUUACUUCAAUAAAGAAUCAAAGCCAA